GUUUGUGUUUACGUUCGAGGGAUUCUACGAGGCCCCGACGACGGCGACGACGACGUGCAACAGUUGGAGUUUCACCGGGAGAGUUGUUAUUGUGUCGCCGCCGCGGGCCACGAGGUGUUCCGCCGAUGUCGAAAGGCAUCUAAUGAAGUGGGGUGACCAGAGCCAUUGGUGAUGCCUGCCACGGACUCUGAACUCAUAUCAAUGGAGGACCCCCAUGCAUUGGAGGAUAAGGAGGGGAGCUCGAGUAGUAUCCCCUCCUCGGUUCCUCCUUCUACCGUCCCUUCUUCAACUCCCUCUGAUCCGACCUCUACGAGACCUAAUUUCCCUAGUGAGACUGUGAUUGAGACCAAAGCUGUCUCCAUGGCUAGUAAUGACUGCAACUCAGCUCUCUCCUCACCUGCUGAAGCUAGCCCAGCCAAACCCGCUGUGACCUCACCUACUACCUUUGAUGGGACCGUUGAAACAAGCCCAGCUACCUCAUAUAUAGCAUCAGCAUCAGACUCUCUAACGUGCACAGGGGUGAGCCUUGUCAACAUAUCCGAAUCAACACCGUUGUUGCCUGAGCUGCCACCUACCACGUUUGGCGGCCUGGACCUGAAAAGUAACUUUCCAUCUGUGCUGACCUUCAAAGGUGUCAGUGUGACUCUGGAGAAUAACAGUGUGUGGAAACAGUUCUACAGCUGUGGGACUGAGAUGAUUCUCACUAAACAGGGCCGCCGCAUGUUCCCGUACUGCAGAUACCGUCUGGCUGGCCUAGAUCCGGAGCGGCAGUACAGUCUGGUCCUGUCCAUAGUUCCAUCGGACCAGUACAGGUACCGCUGGAGCACAACCAAAUGGGAGGUUACUGGACCAGCAGAACACCAGGCCCAGGGUCUAAUCCGGGCUUUUUCCCACCAUUACUCUCCCUGUCGAGGCUCAGAGUGGAUGUCUGGUUUGGUGUCCUUCUACAAACUCAAGCUGACCAAUAAUCCCCAAGAUCAGGAUGGCCAUAUCAUCCUACACUCCAUGCAUCGCUACAUUCCUAGACUACAUGUGAUACCUGUCCCGGAUGGGGACAUACCCACACCGGACAAGCCUGUGGUUAUGGGACCAGAAAGCAUGACCUUUACUUUUCCACAAACCGAAUUCAUGGCUGUGACGACUUAUCAGAACUUUCGCAUCACCCAGCUGAAAAUUAAUCACAAUCCUUUUGCAAAAGGCUUUAGGGAGGACGGGCACAACACCCGCCUAAACAGGGUCACUACAGUGGCUCAACCUGUGGUGAAGUCAGACACUCAGUCUUCUCCUUUAAAACCUGCUGAACCCGAUCAAAACAAGCAGGAAGUUGUGAAUCUGAGCACAAAGAAUCUCAACAUCCCUGCUUCUCUCUCAAAUGAGCAAGAGACCAGACUGGUCCUGAAGCCCAUAAUGUCUACCAUUACCAGUAAGGAUGAGCUGUAUGUCCCCUGUCUAAGAGGCAAUCAUGCCCUUGGUGAACUUGUGCUUGUCGAAAAACGUCCAUGUGUGGAACCCAGUGAAGAAGCCCAUACCGCCAGUGUGACCCCUAAGGCGCAGCAAGACCUCAGAGUAACACCUAAAGCAAUAUCCAUGAUUCCCACUUCCCUAACAUCUACUCGGGGAUCAUCACCUGGGCACCGCAAGAGGAAGAAGAGGAUCAACAGACACUGGGCAAAUUCACGGGGAAGAGAGUGGAAAGCUGCGACUGCCUCCCCCGCGGUAGUCCACAGCCCAUCGUUGACUGUCGCUAUGCAACCAGAGCUGGAUGAUGUAGAAGGCCUGUUGUUUGUGUCAUUCACCUCAAAGGAAGCUCUUGAGGUUCACGUCAGGGACAAGCCAGCCAGUAACUCGUCAUCAGCAUCUCCAGUUGCUCUAACAACACAGCUGCAGUUGAAGCAAACAACAGAGGCGAUUGCAGAGACUGAUAAGGAGAAGAUAGCCUGCUUAGAGGCUCUCCUGCUGCGGGACCUCCAAGUUCUCAAGCACAGACAGGCCAUCCAUCCCAUUCUGCAGGAGGUGGGGUUGAAGUUGAGCUCCUUCGACCAAACUAAGUCCAUUGACCUGCAGUAUCUGGGCGUUCAUUUACCACUACCUCCCCCGAACCUACCAGAGCAAGGCGACGUCACAUCUCCUGGUGAUGAGGGGUUACCCUUCGUCUCCCGUACAGGAAAGACAAGCGACAUGACAAAAAUAAAGGGAUGGAGAAGCAAGUUCAUAAGGAAAGAAACGUCUCCUAACUGUGAUGGAACACAAAAGAACCUAUCUGCCUUCUGCAGCAACAUGUUGGAUGAGUACUUGGAAAGCGAAGCUCAGUACAUCAGUGAACGUGCUGACGCCUUCUCCACAAACCCCGAGGACUCCGUGGCCUAUCAGCUGCCUGAUAAAAGCUCCAGCUAUGUAAAGACCCUGGACAGUGUACUCAAGCAUCGAAACGCUGCUUCCAAAUUCCCAGUGGGGGUCAACAGACCAUGCCCCCUUUCCCACAAACCCCUCCUCUACUCUGCCCUGACGUCACCAAAUCCACCUCUGGCCAGCCGUGCGACCCCUGUUCAAGCAGAAGCUCAGUCCAUGCAGCAGUCUGCAUCUCUGCAGACGCAGCCUGGAGCUGUGUUGAUAGCAAAUGCUGUUUCUGGGUCUAAUAACUUUAGUUCUGUUUCACAGAGAUUAUCUACACACCACCCUGGGACCAGCCAGAGAUCAGCGGUGAACAAACUGUCGAUGAUAGAGAUCGGAACCCUGAACCAGGGUCUGAGCAGAACACAGCUGACGCCAGACAGACUGUCAAUGGCUCUGUCUGUAAUGCUAACAAAACAGAUGCAGCCCAGUCAAGUCUUGAAAUUGGCCAAGUAUCCGGAGUAUAAAGCUGAGGGACCUGAAUGCGGUCAGGACUUCUGCAGACUGGGCUGUGUGUGUUCCAGUCUCCGGCGUCUGAACAGAGGUCCCCUCCACUGCCGGCGGCCUGAGUGCAUGUUUGCCUGCGCCUGUUUCAAGCGUAAGAUCACCAAGCAGUUGACUGUGGGGGAGUCUGAACAACAGAUCCAACCUGUUUACUCUAUGAUGAAUAUGGAACAUGUGGUCCAGCCUCUCCCUGGCUCUCAUGCUAAGAAACUGUGGAAGCGCGAUAUUGAUGAUCUGGAUCCAGACCCACUCUUCUCCCCCGUAAGUGCUCCUCUGUGUUUGGUCCCCACGAAGGCCGUAAAACGCUGCAGUGCACCUCGUCCAACGGAAAUGAUUCGAGAAGAGGAUAAGGAUCCAGUGUAUAGAUACUUGGAGAGCAUGAUGACGUGUGCACGUGUAAGAGCGUUCAACAGCCAGCCACCUCCUGAAGUUACCAUAGAGCCCAAGAUCCCUGAUACUUCAACACCAAACACCACAGCAAAACUGCAGCAGACAACCACUGAUAGCCUGCCGAAAAUAUACCACAGAACUUUACUGCCUGUUAAGAAAGCAGGACAGACUUCUCAGGGGAGCACAUCCAGUGAAACAGGAGCGAGAAAGCAAAUGGAGAUCCAGUCAGCGUGUCAUUGGAGCAUGGACCGCAAAAAAGUCGUGGAAGCUUUAUGUCGACGCAUGAGUCAGGACAGGAUGCCUCAGCGCUUCCGCAUAGGACUGUACCACAUCCGCCUGGUCGCAAAGAUCUUUAUGCGGAAGCCCAGUGGCUCCGUCGUCACCUACAGGGUACACAUCAGUAAGCCAUCAGAAACCAGUGAUAAUGACGAAGACGAUUUUGAUGACAGCGAUGAGGAAAAGCAUGCCAACAAAAGCCUGGAUGAGAACAGUGAUGCAGAAGAGGAAGAUGGCCAAAUUGAAGAGCAAGAGAUGAAGCUUGGAGUCACACCCUUCCUGAGUGGAGUGUUACCAGCCGGCCGACUGAGAGCCAGGACCAAACCUGUUGGCUGCCAAGCAUAUGGACUUAUACAGGUAAAUGGCAAAUCCUACAAUCAGGCCAGACUGUUGCUGGGGAACAUGGGAUCUCUACAUCCAGCCAACCGCCUUGCAGCAUACGUCACAGGCCGACUGCACGCGCCUGCUGACGUUUCUCACAAAACCUCUGAGAAAUCAGACCCUACAAACAAAAUCAGCUCUCUUGGCGCUCUGCUUAUAAAGGCUGCUGGCACGGUAGUCCCUCCAAUUAUAACUGCAAGAAAAACCACUGAGCUGAAGACACCGGCGCAACCACCAGCUCAGCUAUCCCAGCCUGACUCUUGGAGAAAAGGAUCCACCGCCAUGCUGCAGCCGCCACAAAACUCCUCGACCACCAACCCUGUCCAUACGUUUGUCUUGGGCCAAAGCAGUUCAGUCAGCCCCUUCCAGAACAGCUCCACAUCCUCGCCGGUCUCUCUCACUGUCUCGCCAUCACUGAAAACCCCCAGCUUCUUAGGACAGAGCGGGACCUAUUCAUUCAGGAUCUGCCCUCCAGCUAACCAGGGCACCAGGGACCAGAACCUACCAGGAGUCACCCUGCCUGGGGGCUUCACCCUCAUUCAACUCCCUAAGCCUGGAGCUGAUGGAGCUGCACAGCAAUCAGAAUCUGUGAACACCACAAACAUGGCUGGUGUGGUUAAAGCCCUGGCAUUAAAAGAUGCUUUGUGUAAUCUUGGACACGUUGCAGCUAAUUCAGAUGCAAACUGGCCUGGUGUGGGAACCUGUACUGGAGCUAAGGACAUAUUAAGCAGCAGAUCAGUGGAGCAAGGAUCCUUCCAUAAGCUAAUGUGUGAUGAGAAGACGCCCUCAGAUGAGAGCGAUGAAGUCGGCUGCAAGAAAGAAGACUCAAACCUGGACCUCCCCUCAGAGGACUUAAGCUCCGAUACCUCAGACUACUGUGGAGAGGGCGACGACGACGAGGGGGUAGUGGACAUUGAGACUGUAGAAGAAGUGAGACAAGGAAAGGUCAUCGCUGAAAUGAAAGAAGCUGUCAGAAAAGCAUUACAGCAGUCACGAGAAUCCAGUGAUGAUUUUGGAUCAUCGAGGGAGCUCAGCAUCCAGGAUCAAAUGGUCGAUGACCAUGAUGAGCCUAAGAGUAAAAGGAGGCGACAAAACCACUCGGUGCUCGAAAGGCUAAGGCGCUCUGAACAGCGGAGCCUCUUCGACAAACUCCAGGCCGUCCUUCAGAGUGACCCCGGGGCCCCCAGGCUCCGCCUCCUCUCUCUGGCCCUAAAAGAAAUACAAAAUCUGGUUGAGACCUCCAGAUACCUGGAGGAGAAGAAGAGGAGGCUGACUCGGCUCCAGUCCGUCUAUGUGAAGGAGCUUUCCCUCUUGUCUGGGAAGUCCGAUUCGCUGAUUAAGGAGAAGCUGAAGGAGAUUUGCGAAAGGCAGAAAGCAAGAGAGAUGACAAUGAAAUGGAAGCCUUUUUCUCACCUACUGAGGUACAGAGCUGCUGCUUUGCAAACCACUACUCCCCAGUCCAAGCUCUGGUCCACGCCCCUGUUACAGCCUGACUUCUUCCUCACGGCUCUGUCUAAUCCACACACCACUGCCGCCCAGAGCACUGUAGACCCGACACCCAUACCCACGCCACCAGGCAACACUUUGGAGCCUCUGGCAGCGUCCUCUCCGGCCCAGGCUGAGGUCACAGCACCCUCACCACAGGCAGAGAACCAGCCAGAUGAACCUGAAGUCCCAGCCCAGACCAGUAUGACCGAUUCCCAAACGGAGUGCAAGCCAGCCACCCUUCAGGUCACCGCAGCCCAGGAGGAAGCCUCACCUGCAUCCUCGACACCCAGUACCAACAACCAGUCCAUUCGCCUUUCAAAGAGCUUUACCCUUCCUCUGAUUCGCUCCAAGACUGGCAGAAUCAUACUUCCCUCAUCUCUGAAACCAACUGGUCAGGGCUUCUAUACGCUCAUGGUAAUGAAUACCAAAAAGAAAGGAGAGGCUGGGGAGGUUAGCAUGGAGCCUUCUGUUGUGGACUCAUCCGAGAACAAAGAGAAGAGCCUUUCUAAAUCUGACCACACUUUAGAUUCAGAAGUCAGUCUAAUUUUGGAGGAGGACAAAACUGUGCAGUCCCCGAACUCUGAACCAACGCGUUCAGGUGUAACAUCCCCCCUGGCUGAGCUUGCCCACCUUAACAAAUCAAUCACUGUGCCUUUGGUGGCUCUGCAAGCUGCAAAGAACAGCCAGGAGGGGGACGCAGUGGUGAGUUUGAACAAAACACCGGCAGCUGCCUGCUUGAGUUUUAACCCUGUGCAACAGGUUCCUACUAAUGUGGAGCCAGAGCCUGAGCCAAGCCCUCCUGUAGUCCGCCGUGGCAGAGGCAGGCCUCGAAAGAAUUCUGUUACCCCUGCUAGCCAAAAUGGAAAACAUACAGUUGUAGAAGACACCAGUAAAAGUGUCAGUGAAAGUGAAAUAUCUAUUCAGGUUGAAAAGAGGCAAAGUGAAAAGAUUACUUCAGAGGUGGCUAAGGACAGUCCAGUGGUCAGUGACAGCCCGGUACCGGUCAAACGAGGCAGAGGAAGGCCUCCGAAGAACAAAUCAAGGCAAGUGCAGAGUCCUUCGCGUGUGCAAGCAAGAAGUAGUCCUAAAUCCAGUGAGGACAGCCCUGUCAGACUCUAUCGCCGUUUUAAAAGCCCUGACACAAAACCCAAGGGAAGUCCUGCAACGACCACCUCUCUUGGAGAUGUGAACACAUCUCGCCCGUUAACUCGAGGUGCUUUAGGAAAGGACUUCCCCAGCGCCAAGAAACGCUCGUGGAUAGACAUAGAAAAGGAACUGGACCCAGAGCUUGAGUCCGAAUAGCUCUCUUAUCUUCCUUUCGCUACAAAAGCCAAUGCACACAGUCACGUGACCUCAGUUCGUCUCAGAGCCCGAUGCUGCUCUUUUAUGUAUACAUUAGCACAAAACUCAGUGGACCUUUUUCAUGCUACGGAGAAAAGCUGUUUUUGGUAUAAAGAAUAUUAGAAAAAGCAUUAAUUGACCAGCUGAAUGUAUGAAUGAAACUAAAAACUCCCACAUUCAGUUUUGAUGUUGUGUUUUCUAAAGUUUCUCAUACAGCUGUCACCUACGUUUAUGUUUACUUUUCGUCAGAAACAGCAGAUUGAGAUUUAUUCAAAUUGUAUUUUUGUUGUUGUUGAAGUCAUUUAUUACUGAUCUGCUGUAUGCAAAUGGAAUAAACUUGUACAGACGGCGUAAAUCCAAUCUGUUAAGCCUUACAGUGUAUAAUUAUCUGCGUCCUGAAUAGGAUCAGACAAUACGCUGCUUCGUUAACUCUGUAAAACGUAAUUGCUAACUUGUGUCUUUUUUUAUUGAGAGAUAGUUUGAUGCAUUCUCCCCUUUUGAAAUUCUUGUUUUACUAACUCAGUGAAAAUCAUAUGGAUUAGCACUUUAUGUUUUUGGUAGAAACCACCCUGAUGUCGUUGAUUUAGUCUGUAUAGUAAUAGUAGUGAUCGGCACUCUGGGGAGUUACUUCAGUACAAUGCAUAUAAACCUGAUGUGUCACAAGCAAUCAAGACAAAAGCUGUUAGCCAUAUAUUGUAUCUAUGAAAAUAACCUCAGUAAAUGUUAUUUUGUUUUUAAUUCCAACACAUUUAUUUACUUAGUGAAUGGUUUUGAAACACUGGUUGUUCUGUUACUUCAGAUCAGUUGAAAAUGUGAAAAAUCAAUAAUAAAAAAAAAAGC